CGGGUUAAGGAUAUGCGAAAGAAAGACUUAGUCUAUCAACGUGCAUAAUGGCUUUUUAUGACGUCGUUGUGUUUGAUUACGAUGACAGCAACGACACUGGGUCAGGAGACACUGACUUCGCCGGAGAAUUGUGUGAUAUAGCAGUCAGCCAUGAUUUUCAAAGGAUUUUUCUGCCCAUUGUAUACGGAAUUAUCUUCAUUCUUGGAAUCGUGGGCAAUGGACUGGUGGUGAUUGUGAUGGGCUACCAGAAGAAGUCAAAAAACAUGACUGACAAAUACCGGCUACAUCUCUCCAUCGCUGACCUCUUGUUUGUCCUCACGCUGCCCUUCUGGGCAGUGGAUGCAGCCAGCAGUUGGUACUUCGGAGGCUUUCUCUGUGUUGCUGUGCACAUGAUCCACACUAUUAACCUGUACAGCAGCGUGCUUAUUUUGGCUUUCAUUAGCCUCGACAGAUAUCUGGCAGUUGUGCGCGCGACGAACAGUCUGUCAGCCAGAAGAUUACUUGCAGAGCGCGUUAUUUACAUAGGAGUGUGGCUGCCUGCUGCCCUUCUCACGGUGCCUGAUCUGGUGUUUGCCAAAGCGCACGUUACGGGCACGAGGAUCAGCUGCGACCGAAUCUAUCCGGAGGAGGGCAACGUUAUAUGGAGGGCUGCUUUUCAUUUUCAAUACGUUCUCGUGGGCUUUGUGCUACCGGGUCUCAUAAUUCUUAUCUGCUACUGUAUCAUUAUCUGCAAGUUGUCCAAUGGCUCCAAGAGUAAGAUACAGAAGAAGAAGGCACUGAAGACCACAGUCAUCCUCAUCCUCUGCUUUUUCAUCUGCUGGCUUCCCUAUUGUGUUGGCAUUUUAGUGGACUCCCUACUGACGCUGAAUGUAAUCUCCCUUAGCUGUACUCUGGAGGCGAGUCUACAAAAGUGGAUCCUAAUCACAGAGGCCCUGGCAUACUUCCACUGUUGUCUGAACCCCAUUCUCUACGCUUUCCUUGGAGUGAAGUUCAAGAAAUCUGCCUGUAAUGCACUGAGCUUGAGCAGUCGAUCAAGUCACAAGAUUCUGACCAAGAAGAGGGGACCAAUUUCUUCUGUAUCCACAGAAUCCGAAUCCUCCAGUGCUUUGUCCAGCUAACAUACUCUUGAUUUACGUUCAGUUCCCCGUAAGGAUUUUCAUAAGCUUUAUUUUUGCCCCAGGAGACAACUACAACUACUGUAUAUUUGUAAACACUUUGUAAUGCUAUGAUAUGCAAGUUGCAUCUACUAAACUUUUUCUAUUCAGUAUCAUAAUUUAAUCUUUUACAUUUUCUUAGUAAUAUUAAAAUACCCAAUCUAUAGUCAUAGCCAUAGCAGUCAGCUUUAAAUAAUAUUUUCACAAAAAAGAGAAGACAUUCCCUUUCACAUAUGAUCCUCCUCUGGGUAUUAAUCAAGAGAUGUUUUGUAAAUUAUUUGUACAUAGACCAUUGUUUGGCUUUGUGUGUAGGCACUUAAUAUUUUCUGUUCCAUCUGAAGUUGUUAUUUAUUGAAAUGGUAGCUUACACUGAAAAAAACACGUUUUAUGUUUGCUGGUUUUCACACCAUUUCAUAACUGUUACUUCUUUGCUUGAUGUUCAUAAUAAAAUCUUAAAGUUUU